AUGAAUCAGAAUAUUGAAGUAUUAUCACUGGAUUCACUACCAGUGGGAUUAAGAUUCCGUCCAACGGACGAGGAGCUAGUCCGUUUCUAUCUCCGCCGGAAAAUCAACGGCCACGAUGAAGACGUCAAAGCCAUCCGAGAGAUCGAUAUCUGCAAAUGGGAGCCUUGGGAUUUACCUGAUUUCUCUGUGAUCAAAACAAAAGAAGACUCAGAGUGGCUCUUCUUCUGUCCGUUGGACCGCAAGUACCCCAACGGAAGUAGACAGAAUCGGGCAACAAUCGCAGGCUAUUGGAAGGCGACCGGAAAAGACCGCAAGAUAAAAUCCGCUAAGAGCAACAUUAUUGGCGUCAAGAGAACUCUGGUUUUCCACUCUGGUCGAGCUCCUAAGGGAACGCGAACCAACUGGGUUAUCCACGAGUAUCGCGCCACCGAGAAGGAGCUUAGUGGCACUAAUCCUGGCCAGAGUCCAUUUGUCAUAUGCAAAUUGUUCAAGAAGCAAGAGCUGAAUUUAGCGGAAGAAGAUUCAAAGUCGGAUGAAGCUGAACCGGCAGUCUCGUCUCCAACCGUUGAAGCGUCUAAGUCUGAAGUAUCUGUGGUCACUAAAACAGAAGACGUGAAGCGUUAUGACAUUGCGGAAUCUUCUCUUGUAAUCUCUGGUGAUUCUCAUAGUGACGCUUGCGAUGAGGUUACAACUGCCGAGCUUGUAGAUUUCGGUUGCUAUCCAGAGUUGGAGUCCCUGGAUUACAAGAUGUUCUCCCCGUUACAUUCGCAAGUCCAAUCCGAGCUUGGAUCCUCUUACAACGCAUUCCAGUCUAGCUCAAGUGUUUUUUCAGUGAACCACAACAACAGUUUCCAAAUUCAGACUCAUUACAGUAAAGAUGAAGUAGAUACAUGUAUAUCCGAUUUUCUUGAUUCAAUUCUUGUGAACUCAGAAGAGGUUCCAGAUAAGUUUGUUUUGCCUGGGUUCGACGGUGGAGUGCCAGAUCAGAUUGCACCAGCGUAUCAACAGAGCUCGGUAGGUCACAUGAGCACUGAUGUUUCAGAAACAGGUAUCAAGCUUAAGACUCGGCAGGCACAACCCUCAGGCUGCACCUCUGACUAUAUAAUUCAUGGAAAUGCCUCAAGAAGGUUGCGCCUGCAAAGUAACCUUAACGCUAUUAACUUGAAGAAUCCAGAGCUUCAAACUAUCAAGAGAGAGGUCGAGGACAACACGGUUCGAGAAACCAUAAAGAAGGGAUGUGGAAAGCUAAUGAGAUCAAAGAACAAGACCGGUUUCUUGUUUAAAAAGAUAUUGUCCGUGAAAUGUUCAUACGGAGGACUUCUUAGGGCGGCUGUAGUCGCGGUCCUGUUCUUGAUGUCAGUCUGCAGUCUAACCGCAGAUUACCGAGCUUCCGUGAUGACCUGA